AUGCCGCCCAAGUCAGCACAACAACAGAAUGUACAAGAGUACAACGUGGCGUACAAAACGCUGCAUCAUCCUCGUAACUCGGAGAAAAGUAUUCCUGAAAAAGAACCUAAGGCAUCAGGAGACUCAGCAGCUGCAGAGAGUGCAGCAGAAACUAAAACAGAUCCUUCCACUGAUGACACUGAUACUACACCAGAUCCUUCCACUGAUGACCCUGAUACUACACCAGAUCCAACUUCUACUAAUGAUGCUGAUACCACUCCAGAUCCUUCAACUGGAAACACUGUUUCAACCCCAGAUACUUCCACUGGGAACACUGUUACUUCACCAGAUCCUUCAACUGGAAACACUGUUUCAACCCAAGAUACUUCCACUGGGAACACUGUUACUUCACCAGAUCCUUCAACUGGGAACACUGUUUCAACCCAAGAUACUUCCACUGGGAACACUGUUACUUCACCAGAUCCUUCUACCCUCAACACCAUUCCUACAACAGAUCCUGAAGGCAGUGACAAUCCUCCAGGCCCUACUAGUCCCAGCAUUUAUUCCACACAAGUGCCAUUCACAGAUGACAGUAUUACCACUGCAGACAGUUUGAUUGGGACAACAACAGAUCAGACUUCAGUGAAUCCUUAUGGAACAUCAGAAAGUGAACAGUAUUCACAGAUGACAUUACCUUCAACAUCAACAACAAGCAAGCCUGUGUCUAAGAAGUGCCCCAAAAUUCAGCUUGAAGACCUUGGAGAUGGAUAUUUCUUUCCUGAAUCAGAUCCAGGAAAGAUGAUUGUAAAAGAGUGUCCUUCUGGGAUGCAGGGUUCAGCUGAAUGGUUUUGUCAAAAAUCUGGUGACUGGGAAGGUGAUCUUCCCAAUCUCAGUGGCUGCACCAGCAUCAACUUUCAGGAUUUGGUGUUGAAGAACCUCCCCAGGGAUGGAGCAUUUUUCAAGCUGGAUCAAACAGAAACUUCCUUUUCAAAUGGAAAUGCUUCAAUUCAAAUAAUGAGUGAUUGGAUCUUAGAUAAUUUGGAAAAUACUGAAAAGUCUAUCAAGAUAUCUUUCCUUGGGUUCAAGGACAUGCAAAAACUUCUGAAGCCAAAUGAGUAUCUUUUAGACGACUACCAUCUAGAGUCAGCGAGUUGUGUGAACACUACCCACGAGUCGACCGGUGAUCACCCUUCUUUGUCAGGAGUUACUAAAGUAAUUCAGCCCUUCAUUGCCAAGGAUGAAGAAGAUUCCAUAAAUUGUGUGUUUUGGGACACUGCUGAAGCAGCCUGGUCAUCCAGUGGAUGUCAAACAAUUGUGGUAGAUGAUGAAAAUGUGGACUGCUCUUGCAGUCAUCUGACCAACUUUGCUGUGGGACUAAACUUGGUUAGACUCCAACCUGAGUCGCCUGAGAGGAGAAAGCUUUCUCCAACCAAGAAGAAAUUACUGGCAUUGGGUGCAUAUGCUGUUCCAGCAGUUUAUGUUGGGAUUGUUGCUGCUGCAAGUCUUGGCAAAGCAUAUAGCUCCAAAAGCCUAUGCUGGUUGGAAGAUGAACAGACCAUGACGUUUGCCAUUCCAAUUGAGCUGAUUGCAGUG